AUGACCGAUCAACAUCGUAAGAACGGAAAUGAAGCUAUUAAAAGUAAAGAGUAUAUUCGGGCAUGGGAAGAAUAUACAAAAGGGUUAGAGAUUACACCAAAAGAUCCGGUUUUAUGGUCAAAUAGAUCUUUUGCGUGCUUAAAAGCUGGAUUUCCUGAACUCGCCUUAAUGGACGCUCGUAGGGUUAUCAUCUUAUGUGAUCAAGACGCAAUAAGUCGUGAUCAAUCAUUAGAAACCGUUUAUCAAAAAGGAAAAUUUCGCUAUGCCGAAUCUUUGGUUGCGUUAGGUUUACCACGUUUAGCCGCAGAAGCGUUUAACGAUAUAAUAUCUGAAACCAUGCAUUUUGUUGGAAUGAGUUAUAUAGAUCGAAAAAAGAUGUUGGAGCGUAGGAUAGAAUUAUCCAAAAUUAAUUUGGAGCAAAUCCAUCACAUGGUUGAGGAAGGUCAAAAGAAUGAAGAAAAGUUUUUGAUCACGGAAGAAGACGUUGGAUUUUAUCGAUUUAACGGAAAGUAUCCUUGGGAUCAUCGACCUGAUGAACGUACAAAGGAAUCGGCCCUGCGGGAACUUCAACAAAAACUUGACUUUGUUAGUAAUGGCAAAUUAAAGUUGGAUUCUCUCAAAUUUGAUUCGGGUGAUGAAAAUCCGUUAACUCAGUUGGGAGUUUUCUCCAAGGUUGACCUUAAGGGUGAAGAUAUCAUUAUGGAAGAAGAUCCUUUCUUAACCGUUCAUAAUCAUUAUUACCUUCGAUGUGAUUACUGUUUUCACUUGCUUAAUGAGAAACCGAGCGAUGAUGAAGAAUCUCGUUUCAAGUAUCCUUGUCCAAACUCAUCAUGCAAAGAAUCAUUUUGUAAUGAUGAAUGUUAUCGUUUGGCAAAGAACCUUUAUCAUGAUGAACUUUGUGGUAAGGAUAUUGAAGGUCUCAUUGAUUACAUUCAAAAGGAAAGAGGACCGGUGAUCGAUCCAACCGUCCACGAUACGGCGGCAAUCUUCCCUUUAAUCGCACUAUUUAAUCAUAAUUGUGAUAAUAACGUUGAAGGACGACAAUAUUUGCAAGAAUGGUCGAUAUCGAAAACGACCACUAUGCCCGCGAUUUAUAAGAUGCUUCGUAAAACUUUACGCUCCAUUGGUUGUAAUUCUUAUCGAAUGACCAUUAUCGCUAAACAUGAUAUAAAAAAGGGGGAACAACUUUUUUUGACCUAUUGUAAUCCGGAUUAUGACAAAAAGUCCCGUCAUAGGCAACUCUUACGAUCUUAUGGAUUUCUGUGUCAUUGUGACCGCUGUGAGAAGGAGAUGACCGAGGAAUUUAAACCUUUACCUAUUGCUUGGUGUUUGUAUUUUCCGGGUGACGUACGCGGUAAAAAUUUGUUAAAGUAG